CCCCUCCACUUCCGCUUCGAAGGCGAGAAGCUCGACGGGUAGCCGCAGCGACCGUUUGGCGGAGACUUAGUGUCCAGGACUCGUCCGGAACCAAGGUGCCAGCAUCACCUACUUGCCUGCCUGCUCCCCUGCCUGCUGUGCCUGCUGAUAGUCAUGCCUCGGGGGCAGAAGAGCAAGCGCCGUGCACGUGAGAAACGCCGCCAGGCACGCAUGGAGACCAAGGAUCUCGGGGAUGCUCAGGCUGCUGCCUCCCCCGCCCCUACUUCUGGGAGUGCACCCCCGGGCCCCCCCACUGCUGAUGCAGGCCAGAAGCCUCAGGGAGCUGAAGCCACUAGCUCUCCUGUUGCAGAGGCUUCACCCCCAAGAUCUAAAGCACGUGGCAGGCGCCAAGUUAAGGAACAUAAAAAUUCUUCCCAGGCCUCAACCUCUGCUAAGACCGCUCCUCCAGAUCCUCUGACCAAGAAGGCAGCGGUGUUGAUACAUUUCCUGCUUGAGAAGUUUAAGAUGAGAGAGCCCAUUAGGAGGAUAGAUAUGCUGAAGCUUUUUCACAAAAGGUACAAGACACGCUUCCCUGAGAUCCUUAGGAGAGCAGCUGAGUGCAUGGAGCUGGCCUUUGGCCUUGAAUUGAAGGAAGUCAAGCCGAAUGGUUACUCUUAUACUCUGGUCAGCAAGAUAGGCCUUGUUAGUGAUGAGGUGCUGAGCAGCAGCUGUGAGCUGCCGAAGAAUGGGCUUUUGAUGCCUCUGCUGAGUGUGAUCUACCUGAAUGGCAACCGCGCCUCUGAGGCUGAUGUCUGGGAGUUCCUGAAUGUUCUGGGCAUCUAUGAUGGAAAGCAGCAUGUCAUCUUUGGGGAUCCCAGGAAGCUCAUCACGGAAGAGUGGGUGCAGCAGAAUUACCUGGUGUAUCGUCAGAUUCCCGACAGCGAUCCCCUGAGCUAUGAAUUCUUGUGGGGCUCAAGAGCCUACACUGAAACCAGCAAGAUGAAGGUGCUGGAGUUUUUGGCCAAGAUCAAUAGUACCAUCCCCAGUGCUUUCCCAUUCCAUUAUGCGGAAGCUUUGAGAGAAGAGGAAAAGAGAUCCCGAGGCAGAUCUCUAGUUAGAUCUCGUGCUGCUGCCAGGGCCACUGCCCGCUCCAGGUUCCCACCCAGAGAUCCGUCCAGUGCCCAGUGAGUUCUCAGGCAGCUUCUUCACUUUGUUUGGUCGAUACUGCCAACCUUUUAAGAAGUGAGAGGCUAUAGUAGGCCUGGAAAAGUAAUAAUAUAUAUCUUCUUUGUGUUCCUGUUUUACCCUGUUACCUUUCAAAUGUUGUUUCGUUUCCUAGAAUGUUUGUUUAGAUUCAGAAUCCAAGUUUACAAAUGACAGUUUUGUUGUUAUCUGUCAGAUCUAAGAGUAAGAGUUUUGGCACUGUGUAGUAGAAUUCAGAAAAUUCUUCCUCUUUUUUGGAUCCAGAACAAGAUAACAUAGCUUUGGAAUAGGAAUUUUCUUGGAAAUGUGAAAGAAUGUUGUUGUUUUAAAACAGAUGAAAAUCAAGUAAGCUGUAGUCAAGUUUUGAUUUAUGUUAUUCACCUUUGUCUUUCUCUUUAUAACAUUCAGUAGUACCUUUAGCAAUACACUUAGAUGUUGUUAGUUUAUUCAAGAAUGCCAAUAAAAAUAAUAAGAAACUACA